GUGACUUUGCCCUUGGAUCUCCAGCAGGUGCUGAGGAUAAGAAGGUGUUGGAUGACUGGAUCGAGCUCUCUGCGAGGUCGAGUCCAGGCCCCUGCACAAGCAGCAGAAAUGCAGCGCAUUCUCAGUGCCUACGAGAACUCCAGUGACACGGCCAGAAACCACUCGGACUGCCCACGGGUGGUCCUGCCCGAGGAGGUGUUUUUCACACUCUCCAUGGCUGGGGUGCUGGAGAAUCUGGCCGUCCUUCUGGCCGUGGUCAAGAACAAGCAUCUCCAAUCCCCCAUGCACUUUUUCAUUUGCAGCCUGGCCAUUUCUGACAUGCUGGGCAGCCUGUACAAGAUCCUGGAAAACAUCCUGAUCCUGCUCAGAAACACGGGCUACCUCAAACCUCGCGGCGACUUUGAAACGACGGCGGAUGACGUCAUCGACUCCCUGUUCGUCCUGUCCCUGCUGGGGUCCAUCUUCAGCCUGUCUGCGAUUGCGGCUGACCGCUACAUCACCAUCUUCCACUCUCUGCAGUACCACAGCAUCGUGACCGUGCGCCGAGCCCUGGUCACGCUCACUGUCCUCUGGGCACUCUGCACGGGGAGCGGCAUCACCAUGGUGAUCUUCUCUCAUCACAUCCCCACAGUGCUCACCUUCACCUCACUGUUCCCACUCAUGCUGGUCUUCAUCUUGUGUCUCUACGUGCACAUGUUCUUGCUGGCCCGCUCCCACGCCAGGAGGAUCUCCACCCUCCCCAGGGCCAACAUGCGCGGGGCCAUCACCUUGACCAUCCUGCUGGGGGUCUUCAUCGUCUGCUGGGCCCCCUUCGUCCUUCACGUGCUGCUAAUGACAUUCUGCCCAGAUAAUCCUUACUGCGCAUGCUACAUGUCUCUCUUCCAGGUGAACGGCAUGUUGAUCAUGUGCAAUGCCGUCAUCGACCCCUUCAUUUAUGCCUUCCGGAGCCCAGAGCUCAGGGAAGCCUUCAAAAAGAUGAUCUUCUGCAGAAGGUGCGGGUAGCAUUCUUGGUCUCCGGUUCCAGGAGCCAUGGGGAUAAGCGUGUGAGUGACAGAAUGAAGUUAAUACUCUUUGAGCACCCAAGCUCCUGACUGUCCUUUUUUACCUCUAAUGGGCCUGCAGCUUAUCCCACCAUCUUUCAGAAUAUGUAAAACUUUCCCUGAAUGCAUCAAAUGCAAAGAUAAGUUUAUUUUUCAUGCAAAAGAAAUAUUGAAGCCCCCCAAAUUUUACCAUAAUAUGUAUUUCUCUUGAAGUUUUGAAGUUUCUGAAGACCGCUUUGCUGUUUAUAAUAGCUUGGUUCUUCAUGGACGGUCUUACUGUUUUUAUAACUUAGUAUUUUUUAUAACUUUAUAGCUAGAAAAACACAAGAAGAACAGAAUACAAAGGAGAUGUAUCUUGUGGAGUAAGAAGAUGGAGGGGGGAUGUCAAGCUUUUGGGUCAUGGCCAAAACCAAGACCAGAGCAGCCCAGGGAGCCCAAGGCUGCAAUCAUCGGACACCUCUGCAGAGACCUGUUGACAGCAUCUGCCUCCUCCCCACCCGGCCCAGAGCCUGAAGGCAGAGCCAUCCCCAGAGAGCUCUGCCCACCCACCACAAAAAGGGGGCAGACAUUGACAAGCCCCCUCCCCCACAGAAAUCUAAGGCACAGAAUCUGCAAGGUCAUCCGUUUGUCACUGCUAAGGAUAAAGCUGGAGGAAGCAGCGAAUUCUGAUCCUAGGCCCUCACUACCUCGGAGAGGGACUGACUUGGAAAGCGUGCAAUGAGAGAGACAGAGGAGAAGGUUUCCGAGUGGCUCGGGACCCAACAAGAGGGACAGGGUCUUCUGGAAGAGGCAACACUGGGCCGCGGGGAGAGUUUCCCCAAGAUGCGGAGAGGAGCAGGUGGCACCAACAGGUCUGACCGCGUGGUGGAGGGUUGGGUACAACCUGAGUGGCAGAGGGGCAAGCCCGCAGUUGGCAGCACAGCCUGGCAGGCGCAGGCUUCCCGCAGCUUGCAGCCUGCAUCCCCAGGGCAUCCAGGGCAGGUCCUCUCAGCCUUUGGACUGGAGAAAUUCUUACGGGGUCUUCCCCUCCACCCCAUGGACUGUAUUUUUAUAACAUGAACCUGAAUUCAUGACUGUAUAAAAUACCAUGUAUAGGUUCAUUUUCCUUAAAAAUCUAAAGCAAAUGCUAUCAAUCAUAUCAAAGUGGCAUUUCUACCACCGAAAGAAUAACGUAGAGCACAUUUUUCUGGAAUUACACUGAGUAUUAAACUGAGUAUUCUCCAUAAAAGGUAGCCUUGUUUUAUAGUGCACUGUUCUAUGAGGCUGUAGAGAGAGAUGGUGCAAUUCAUCCCCCAUCACAGAUACUCCCACACAGCCCUCCCUGGGGAACCUUCCUGCCUGUCGCAGCCUUGCCUCUCCUCUCCGCAUUCAUGCUCUCAGCCAUCACUCAGGCCUGGCAUCAGAGGCUAUCACCCAGAGGCUACUUCCGCAAGCCACAUUUAGUCCAGGAUGCCAUGAUCUGACAGCAGGUGAAGCAAGAGUAAAGUCCAAGUGCUGGUGCAGACACACUGCACUCCAGAUCCUCAGCUGCACUCGUGCCACAGCAGGGUCUUCAGUACCUAACUUCACAGAGAACUCACGGACAACAGGAGCAGAUGUGCAUUUUACGUAAGAAAGAUCAAUAAGGCCCAGGCUGUCCCCAUAAUGAUGACUCCAAUUCUGUAUCAAAUUAUUACAUUUUUAAGCUGCUUUGUGGGUGCUCUCAGUUCGUGUUCAGUUUUGUGGGUGACCUAGUUUGAGACCCCACCUGGUUUCAUCUGACCUUUCAAGUAGGGGAGAGAGAAUGUAGUGAGAAACAUGUCUCCCCUGGUUUCAAGACAGGACCAAGGCCUCAUGGACUACUCUGGCUCCUCAGAGUAGUAGAAAUACGAGGACAUCUGGCUUCCAUUGCCAGCCCUCCUACUUAAAAGCUCUGAGUCCUUGGACAAGGUUCCGAGCGUGGGUUUCCUCCUGUAUACUAGGGAGACAACCACAGAACCUUCCUCUUGGGUUUAAUCUCAGGAUUAAUGCCUUGAGAGCACUGCUUGCCCAUUAAACAUGCAGUUAAGUAUCGAGUGUUUCUGUGGGCAUCCUCAAAUGAGGCCCCAGGCUGAACAGACUCUGUUGGCCAAUGAUCUCAAAGCUCUGUCUCAGGCAUGGGCAUUGUAGUACAGUAGGUUAUGCCACUCCUGUGAUGCUGGCCUCCCAUAUCAGAGGGCUGUUUUGAGUCCUGGCUGCUCCACUCCCAAUACAGCUUUCUGCUAAUGUACCUGGGAAAGCAGUAGAAGA